AUGCAAGUUCGCUGCCGAAAUUCCCUGGUUGUGUUCUUCAUAUUUUUAUCAUCUUGGUGUCAUGCAGCCAAAUACACUUUCCUAUCCAAGGAGGAGAGUGUGUACUGGGCAUGCUUAGACGCAUUGCAGGCAUAUACCUUCAACAACGAUCUUGGUUCCCUUUACGCACCAAAUUGUCAACCGACAAGAAACAGAUUCCAGUCCUGGCUUAUUUGCAACGUUGAUAACCAGAAACCCGAUCGUUUAGAUAGUAUGUUGGAGAAAAUGAUAAAAAGAUGUCAGUAUAGUAAGCCUGUAUACAACCAUACCGUCGAGAGCUUGCAUGAACUGUAUGCAAAAGUUAAAUCAGAAGCUAUUGACGUCGAUAAUACGCCAGGAUUCAAUGCAUCCACAAAUCUGACUUCUCCCAUCAUUGCGCCAAGAAGGAAAGUGAAGCGUUACACUAGAGCCUACGUGACCAGAGCACAAUCGCAAAAGCAUACCAGGCUUUAUGGUGGUGCCAUAUUCAUUUAUUUUGCUGGAUGUAUGUUUAUUGGAGGAUUGGUUACUUGGUCUAGAAUAUUGUGUCCAAAACUUGUUGAAAAAAUCGUUGGACCCAAGAUAAACAUGUUCAGAAGGUUGUUCACCAUCCCACCGGCAAAUACCAAACAUACGCAAAUCCUUAGAUGGAAAAAGUUGAUCUUAGGUAUUAUUCCUACAAGGGCAGAGACGUACAUUUUGUUCGGUUAUUUUGCUUUGAACGUGAUUCUAAGUUGUAUCAAUUACGAUAUCUUUUCUGACAACUUCUACACCACUAGUAAACAUCAGGUAGCCAUGCAAACAUCUAGCUUGGUUCAGUAUAGAACAGGGGUGAUGUCAACAAUCCAUACACCUGCUGUGUUCCUACUAUCUGGUAGAAAUAACCUAUUGUUGUAUUUAACUGGGUGGCCAUACGAAACUUUCUUGGUGUAUCAUAAAUGGAUUGCAAGAGGGAUGUGGGUUCAUGCAUUAAUCCAUUCUGCUUGUUGGACAUACCUUGAAAUGGACUAUCUUGCUAUGAGCUGGGAAGAGCAGUAUUGGUAUUGGGGUGCAAUUGCAACAAUCACUGGUGGCUUAAUGUUAUUCUUAGCGUCUGCAUAUUUCCGUAUCAGAUGGUAUGAAACCUUCAAGACUAUUCACUUUUUAUUUUCUGCUUUGUACAUCUCCGGGUUAUGGUAUCACUUAAGAAUCUUUAGCGGCCAAUGGAUGGAAUACGUGUAUGCUUCCAUUGCUGUUUGGUGUGCAGACCAUUUUUUCAGAGUCUGCCGUUUACUAUGGUUUGGAGUAUUCAGCAAAGCAGAUUGCGAAUUGUUCGAGGAAGAUAACACAAUCAAAAUCAAAGUUCCGAGACCAAAGACUUGGAAACCGUUCCCAGGUGCUUUUGUCUACAUUUACUUCAUGAGACCAUACGGAUUUUGGCAAUCGCAUCCAUUCACCAUCUUAGCUCAUGACGACGACAGUGACGGGAAACACAUUUACAUAUACGCCAAGGUAAAGGAAGGUCUCACCAAAUCCUUAGCUAAGAGUCUAGCCAACACAUCUAAUAAAAGCCAAUCGAUCAACGUUUUAGUUGAAGGCCCUUACGGACUAGAAGCCCCAUUGAAGAACUAUUCCAAUUCUAUCAUCAUCACUGGUGGAAAUGGUGUACCAACUGGAUACUCCAAUUACGAUGCCUUAACGAAACCACUUUCUGAAAGUUCCACCGAUACUGUUAAAUGGAUCUGGAUCAUUAGAGACACUUCGCCACUGGAAUGGUUUAGAGAAGAGCUAUUGAGACUCCAAGACCGGCUAGGUGAGAUCAACAUCUAUAUUACCCAGCCGACACAGCAAAUCGUAGAUUCUUCUGCGUCAUCUGCUGGCGAAACAGACUCUGAAAAGAAACUCGACGUCAAAGAAUCAACUCAAGAUUGCGAAAUCAAUUUUUUCAAGCAAUUUUCCAGAAUAAACUUCUUAUUCGGUAGACCAGACUUACAAUCCUUAAUUGUGGAAGAUCUUCACAACGCUAUUGGUUCUACAGCAAUUUUGAGUUGCGGUCCAGGACCAAUGAACGAUCAAAUCAGAGAUACAGUGGCAAACAACUUAGAUGUUUCCAAAUACAGAGUUGACUAUUUCGAAGAGGCUCAAGUAUGGUGA